GGAACCUUGUGUGGAGAUUGGGGAAUCAGUGCGAGGAGAAGAUGUGUACAUUUUGCAGAGUGGCUGUGGUUCAAUCAACGACAAUCUCAUGGAACUGCUAGUCAUGAUCAAUGCUUGCAAGAUUGCUUCCGCUACCCGCAUCACUGCUGUCAUCCCAUGCUUCCCAUAUGCACGACAGGAUAAGAAGGAUAAGAGCCGAGCCCCAAUUACAGCAAAGCUGGUGGCUAACAUGUUAUCAGUCGCUGGAACAGACCACAUCAUUACAAUGGACUUACAUGCCUCCCAGAUUCAGGGGUUUUUUGAAAUUCCCGUUGACAACCUUUAUGCAGAACCGGCAGUGAUGAAAUGGAUCAAGGAGAACAUAUCAGACUGGAAAAAUGCCUGCAUUGUAUCUCCAGAUGCAGGUGGUGCCAAGAGGGUGACAUCCAUUGCCGAUCAGCUGAAUGUUGAGUUUGCUCUGAUCCACAAGGAGCGGAAAAAGGCGAACGAGGUGCAAUCUAUGGUGCUGGUUGGCGAUGUGCGAGAAAAACCAGCCAUCUUAGUGGAUGAUAUGGCAGACACUUGUGGAACCCUGUGCACAGCUGCUGAAAAACUUUUUGAAGCUGGAGCUGCCAAGGUGUAUGCUAUUCUAACGCACGGCGUCUUUUCGGGGCCUGCACUGAGUCGGAUCGAGAAUGCAUCCAUCGAGGCAGUGGUUGUGACAAACACGAUACCACAGGAUGAAAAAAUGAAAAUAUGCUCCAAGAUACAAUGCAUUGACGUAUCAAGAAUCAUAGCGGAGGCGAUUCGCAGAGCACACAACGGAGAGUCGAUGUCCGACCUGUACGCCAACGUUCCACUCUAAUGCCGUAGGACAGAUCACGCUGUGCGUCGUUGUCCACAAGUGCAAACCUGUAUCAAAGAUUUUCCCUGGUGCCAUAAGAUGCAGCCACAAUUAGGAGUUAAUGUCACAUGUCUUCAAGUAUGUGCUCCUCUGAGUUACAACAACUCAGAGAAUAAGAGCAAGCGAAAGAGAGAAGUAUGGGGAGGGGCUAUUUUUAAUUACAAAAUUUACUCAAAUAUCCUUGAUCUACGGCAGCUGUUUCCUACUUCACGUUUUGUCACAAAUAGGUUGUAAGGAUACUUAUUUUGAGUCAUGAAUGAUAUAAAACAUAGGCUGUGAGCUUGUUGCUGGACGAACGUCACACUACUGUGAAAUUAUGUCACUUGCUUGACAUGAUAAUGCCAGUCUAUAAUACCAACCUUUGAUUUUGACUACUUUCUUUUUAGCUCAUCUGACAU